AUGACACUGCAUACAAUUCACCUCACCAAAUCAAACAUUGUAUUCACCAGAAGCAUUAUUUUAGUCUCCUACCCUCCUGCUCACCUCACCUCACCUCACCUCCCCUCUCCUCUCCUCGUCCGUCGCGUCCGUCUCACGCAACUCGUCCACAUCAACCUCAUCUUCAUCCAUCUCGUUACAUCUAUAGCUCUUCUCUCUCCCCACAACCGAAUAUGUCCACCGGGAACCAGCACGGCGGCGGCAGCAGCAGCAGCAUCCGGGGCCGGGGGCCGGAAGCCCAACCAGGGCGGAGACCGGGGCGGGGGCAAAGGCCCCAAGGCGGGGCCGCACCAGGACCGCAAAUUCCAGUUCUGUACGCGUUGCGGUGCCUUCGGGCACAUCCGUGCGACGUGCACCCGUUUCGUCCCUCCGGGGACACCUCGUUUCGUCCGCCCCACCCACCAACCCAACAACGCCCGGGCCCGGCGAAGCCAGCGGCGGGACGCGGCGGCCUUGGCUCGGGCGCUCGAGGCCGGGGGGGGCGAGCAGAUAAGCUGGAAGCGGGAGGUGCCCCGUCGCGGGGAGGAUGCGGCGGCGGCGGAGGAGGUGAAGGAGGAGGUGAAGGAGGAGGUGAAGGAGGAGGUGAAGGAGGAGGUGAAGGAGGAGGAGAAGGAGGAGGAGAAGGAGGAGUAG